AAAAAAGAUUUUAAAACCAUGAAUGACCACUUAAAGUUUAUGCUUUUUUCUGAUGGUGCUAAUUGUUAAUAUUUCUUUAUGUGUGAAUUACGAGGUUCAUAACGUGUUUAAAAUGCCUUCCAUUUUUAUCUUUUUCAGUUCUCCACAUCGAGUGUUAAGCAGAAUGUAUGAAAACACCACUCAACUCACCACUUUAAAUUUAAGUCGUCAAACACCGACCAUCUUAACUGAUGCGACAGGUGGAGCUGUUAUUGCGCUUGAUGGACUCAUUUCCAUAUUUGGAACGUUAGGAAACCUUCUCGUAUUAGCAGUGAUUUUUGUUGCGCUUCGUUUCUCAACAGUUUCCAACAUCUUGAUAGCGAACUUGGCUUGUGUUGAUUUACUGACCGUUACCGUGCUGAUUCCAGGUGAUAUUGCACGUCACUUGUUUAUCACAUUGGAUGGGCUCGUUUUGAUUAUUGGAAUUCUGAGAAAUCUGUUUGUAUUAACGGUGAUAUCUGUUUACACAGUGGUUCAACAAAAUGAUUAGUUGUAUCCAAGAAUACAACCCUAGAUUAAAAUUGAAUGCUACUUAAAUGCCACCUUAAAUUCAUUUAUCUACUGUAUGCCAAGUGAAAGGUUUGAAAAUUCUGCUGCAAAGCUCAUUAACGGGUACAUGUCAUUAGCUGCUGCAUCUGAUCUAUGUAGAGCUGCAUAUUUACCUAUCAUUGGGUUUAAGGAUAAAGUAUAUGGCAGAAGAGUGAUUCAAACCUCUUUUUGUAUUCAAAGACUGGAAUAA